AUGUUGGACCUCGUUCAUCGACGGACGGGCACGACGACCGAGUCCGAUUUGUUCGCUUUUCGUAGUCCGAUGGCGCACAGCCACGGCUCUAGACUUUACAACUGUCACACCUGCCAUCUCAUUCGGUGGCUUCAGAGAGAAGUAACCGAGAGCGAGAAAUGCGAGAAGCAAGUCGGUGUCGGCAAAGAAGAACCUGCUGCCAGAUGUUGUCGAGAGAACUUUGAAUCAAUCGAUGCACCGAAACUUGCUUCGGAGUCAAAAGUGUCGCAACCUCGACUCGAAGAGUGA